AUGGCUGUCCAGGCGCGGUUCCUCUCCCACGCCUUCCCCCACGACCUCAACGCCUACAGGUCCAUGGACGCCGCGGCGCCGGGUGCCUCCCAUCUCCUGGACGAGCACGCCGGGUGCGCCCCCGCGGUGGCGUGUAUUGGGAACAACACUGUGCUGAGCGAUCUCCCGCGAAGCGAGCUCACAUGCAACGACAACUACGGCUUCGUGCCCAGGAAGCGGGCGCGCAUGGCCGGGGACGAGCCGGCGGGGCUCGCGGACCUGGCACGGCAGCGCUUGGUUCUGCAGCAGGCGGCGGCGAUGCACGGGCUCAUGCUGCCUUGCGAUGCGCAGAGCAGGGCGGUCGGCUCCGGCGCCGCGUCCACUAGCGGGAGGAUGGCCAAUGCUGCCGGCCUCAACACGCUGCUCUACAACCAGGGCGUGGAGAUGGACGCGCUCAUACGGCUCGAGACGGAGAGAAUUCGUGCGGGGCUUGAGGAGGCGCGCCGGCGGCACGCGAGGGCGGUCCUGGCUACUGUGGAGCGCGCUGCGGCGGGGCGGCUUCAGGCCAUAGAGGCUGAACUGGAGCGCGCGCGCUACCGCAACGGCGAACUGGAGGAGAGGCUCCGCCAGAUGACCGCGGAGGGCCAGGCGUGGCUCGGCGUUGCCAAGAGCCACGAGGCCGUUGCCGCCGGCCUCCGCGCCACCCUGGACCAGCUGCUGCAGCCCCCGUGCGCCGUCGCCGGUGCUGCCGAGGGCGAUGCCGACGACGCGCAGUCCUGCUGCUUCGAGACCCCAGCGGGCGACAACGCCGAUGACGCGGCGUCGAAGGCGGUCGCGGCGGCUCCGUCGUGCAAGGCCUGCGGCCAGGGGGACGCCUGCGUUCUGCUGCUCCCGUGCCGGCACCUGUCCCUGUGCGGUGCGUGCGAGCCCGCCGUGGACACCUGCCCCGUGUGCGGGGCCACCAAGAACGCCUCGCUCCACGUCCUCCUUUCCUGA